UUUAUGGCUCAAUAAGACAGAUCAUUUCAACAAUCAAAAAAUUAUUAAAAAUGGUUCUGCUGUCAAUCAUUAAAAAAGUGAAACAAAAAGAAAAGGAAAUUCGAAUAUUAUUCUUGGGUUUAGAUAAUGCGGGUAAAACAACCGUUUUGAAACGAUUAAAAAAUGAAGAUGUACAAUCGGUUUCACCGACUCUUGGUUUUACAAUCAAUUCUUUCAGCUACCAAAAUUAUAAUCUAAAUAUUUGGGAUGUUGGCGGACAAAAAAGUUUAAGAGCAUAUUGGAAAAAUUAUUAUGAAGAUACGGAUGGAUUGAUUUUUGUCAUUGAUAGCUGUGAUCGAUUACGUUUAGCUGAUUGUAAAAAACAAUUACAAGAGAUAAUCACUGAAGAACGUCUUUUGGGUGCCACACUGCUAAUAUUAGCCAACAAACAAGAUAUACAGAAUGCUUUGACAUUAAAAGAGAUAGAAAAUUAUCUUGAAUUGAAUAAAAUUAAAUCUCAUCAUUGGAAAAUAUUUCCCUGUAGCGCAAUAGACGGAACAAAUAUUUUUGAAUCAAUGGAUUGGCUUAUUGAAGAUAUAAGCAAUCGAAUUUUCAUCGAUUUUUGAAUAAAAGUCAUAUUUUAUUUCUUUUCA